UUUUCUCUCGAUUUGAAUUCGAAUUCGCUGAUUUUAGUGAGUUUUUUUUUUUCUUGUUUUUUUAAGAAAAAUUGGUUGUUUUUCGUUGGAAAUUGUUUGGAAUUCUUGGAGAGGAUCAGUGAUUGAGGGAAAAAGCGAAGGAUUUUGGUGUUUUAAUGGGGGAUUUGGAUGAGGAGACGGAAGGGGUGGCGGUGCUGGAUUUUGACAUGCUGUGUGCGACGGUGGCGUUGCAGACGCAGGGGUUCUCGGUGGAGAGGAGGAAGGGGAGUGAGGAGGAUGAUGAGAUGGAGGAGAGUGGGGAGUUUGGUGGUGUUCAACGGAUGUGGGAAGGAGGUGUUCUUGAUUUCUUUGAGGACCGACGAAUCGCCAUUGAAUCCGCUUGUUGUCCAUGCUAUAGAUUUGGAAAGAAUAUGAGAAGAGCCAAUCUUGGGCCUUGUUUCCUUCAGGCGGCCAUCUAUUUUCUGCUUGUGGUUGCUGUUGUGUUCAAUAUAAUUUCUUUUGUGGUCACUAGGCAGCAUCUAUUUUUAUAUUUGGAAGUUGUUUUUAUUAUCUUAUUCGGAGUAUAUGUAGGCUACUUCCGUUCAAGGAUCAGAAGGCAGUUUAAUAUAAAGGGCAGUGACACUUAUAUUGAUGAUUGUGUCAACCAUCUUAUCUGCCCAUGUGGCAGUCUUUGUCAGGAAUCAAGGACACUUGAGAUGAACAAUAUCCUAGAUGGAGUCUGGCAUGGCCGUGGCGAAACCAUCUGUCUAGGAACAUCGGGUGAAGGUAGCAAAGCAUUUGCCGCGCUAUAUAAACCUUCUCUCAUAUCAACCAAAUCUCCGGUUCUCUGUAGCAUGGAAAAACCUUCAGACACUGGUGAUCACUCAUGGAUUAUUGAUGUUAGCCCUUCAAAGCCACUGGUUUUACUGGCCGAACCAGCUGGAAAAGCUGAAGUUUAACAGCUAAACUGUUGAAUCAUUCAGUGUUUUUUCUUCUAAUCUAUUUGUAACAUGUUUAAAUGCGCUUAAAAGUGUAUAGCCCUGCGCUGAGAUAGAAAUUUUUACUUAGGUUUAUUUAUUUUUUAAUAUUUAGUUUGGUUUGGAUUGUAGAGCCUUGUAACGGGUUUUUUUCAGAGCAAUUUCAUUGAAAUGUAAAUUAA